AUGCCUCUCUAUUUCACCGCCGACUCGACCUGCGAUAUCUGCUUCGAGACGUUCGCAGACCCCACCGCGGACAAGCCCGACUUCGACUUGCUCCCGAGUGUGGUCAACUGCGGACAUGUCUUCUGUCGAUCAUGCCUAUACAGCGUGCGCACGCCGCACAGCAACAGCAACGAAGCCAACUGCCCACAAUGUCGCAUUAAAUUCAAGUUUUCUGAUGUUCGCCGGAUCCAUAUCGAUCGCGCACCACCUAAUAGCUCCGCGCAACCCGCGAGCAUCGUCGAGCAGACCGCCGCGGCUGGCCGCGCGCGUCAGGCUGCCGGUGCGAAUGCACCUACAGUACUCGACAAGACACUCUGGGCAACUCUUCUGCGUCACGAGAAACGCCGGAGACAGGACGAGCACGAAGCUCGUGGUACCUCUGAGCCGGAGCCGCUCUUCGAAGCCCGUUGUCUCCUCCAAGCCGCGACUGAUCGCGCCAUCUACGACGACCGUGCUAGCCAGGCGCUGAAGCACAUGCUUUGGCGCACCCGCGACCAUCUCGCCGAGCUCGACAAGCACACCAUCAGCCCCGAGCGCGAGCGCGGAUAUGUGCGCCUUGUUCAUGCACUCGCCGCCCUUACGGACUAUUGCAUGAACAAGGAGGCCGAGGCGCAGCACUAUGCCAUCAAACUCCUCACGACGGAACGCGAGGCAAGGCGUUCUGUAUGGCUCCUGGACAUGUUUGCGGAGAAGCUCGGUCACCUUCAGGUUCAGACAGGUCACCGUAAGGAGUGGGACGAGGAGACUCGCAAGCAGUACAUGCACAUAUGGCGUACCGAGGCCAAGAAGCGCUUAACGCCUUCGGAUGAGACUACUCUCGCGGAAGGCGCCGCCAUCGACUCGAACAGCCUUCACAUGCGCCGCGCUGUCCAGCCGAACUACACCAUCACGCUCACCGAGGGCCUCCUUCUCUACCCGCAGCGCCCUGAGUACGGCCUGGAGCCUACUCGCGCGCAGCGCCCGCCACAUCGCCAGGCCGUCAUUGAACGCCAAGAAGCCGAACGCAAGCGCGCUGCAGAGCAGCCCGUGUCUCAGCCUGUCCAUCGUCUCGAUGAUAGCCACUCGUCGUAUCCGUGGUACAUACUUGAUGACGGCGAGGCAGUCAGGCAGCGCGCCGAAGCGCGUGCUGCAGCAGAGGCGCGCGCUGCCGCUCAGUCUACGGCACAGCCUGCCCGUCCUGUAGCAGCGGCCCCGCAAGCCGCCGCGCGCGCCACAUUCGUACAACCCCAGCCGGCACCCGCACCCCACGUAGAACCCACGGCUCGUGGCCGCGACACCCACCGCACCGCCAUGCCUCGCCCUGGCGCCCGCGCGCCGUCUAUCCACGAGCAACUUGCCGCGCGUUCACGCCGUAUGAGCGACUCGCGCCCGAUGACCCGCCGCACGCGUAUCGAUAGCCUUGUCGCACCUAUAGUUGACAUGCAUGCUGCUCCGCGCCGCGCUCCUCACCCUUACCCGCGCCCAUCGCGCACCGCGAACAUGGGCGCUUAG